GCCGGUCCACCACACCUCCUCCACGUGCCGCCUGGCCCUUCAGCACCGGUCUCCGACUCCAUCCAGUCGCCUCAGCUCGUCAUGGACCCCAACUGCUCCUGCGCCAUGGGUGGAUCCUGCCCUUGCGCCGGCUCCUGCAAAUGCAAAGAGUGCAAAUGCACCUCCUGCAAGAAGAGCUGCUGCUCCUGCUGCCCGGUGGGCUGUGCCAAGUGCGCCCAGGGCUGCGUGUGCAAAGGGGCAUCGGAGAGCUGCAGCUGCUGCGCAUGAGCACGAAGAGCCUGCUCCAGAUGUAAAUAGAGCCGCGUGUCCAAACCUGCGUUUGUUUUCUAACCACCGGACCCCUUUGCCACCUGCCUUUUUCUAUGAAACAUGUGAAAGAUAAUAAAUGUUGUUUACUUUA